AUGGCGAAUAGUCCAAAAUUCCCUUCACCCUAUUACUAUAAAAUCCCAAAGUUAGCCAUCUUUGUUGCUUGUUCCUCUUUCAGUCCUCCGUUGGUGGUUGUUCGUGUUUUGGUGUUCUUCCGCCAUGCACUUCUUCCGUUGGUGGUUGUUCCCAUUUUCUUUCGGUGGUUGGGUAAUCUUCUUACAGCUUUGCCGGAAAAUUGUCAUUUUGUAGACAAAAACCCAUAUGAAUCACUGGUUCAUACGGAUCAACAAUCCGUUGUUGUCGAGCACCCUUCUACGACCGAGGAGGAAUUGGUUGACAACCAGCCAAAAGCACUUAUUGAAGAAGGUGCUACUGAUGUUAAGGGUUUUCCAGGCGGACCCCAUGACACAUCAGUUCUGAGUGAUUUUGAAAAUCACAUUGCUUUGAGAGUGUGGAAUGGAGAGGAACGUUCUGAGUUGAAGCUAUCUUCCCAUGGAAGGAAGAUGGCUAAGUUCGGGAGGCUUGCCCCAGAGAUUGAAGGCCUUGUGGUGGCUAGUGGACUGAGUCCUUUGAUCGCUUGUUCCCUUGAUACGAGCGAUCAGGGACUAAUGUUUGCUUUUGUGGAAUGUUGGCAUAAGGAAACUAGCAGUUUCCAUUUGCCCGUCGGAGAGGUGACUAUCACCUUGGAUGACGUUGCAUCGUUGCUACAUUUUCCUAUUGUAAGGGCGUUCCACAGCUUCGAGCUACUUCAUGUCGAUGACAUCGUCGAGAUGUUGGUGGAAUUGCUUGUGGUCAGUGCUGCAGAGGCGAGAGCUGAGACGAUUCAGUGUCAUGGCUCUUAUGUUCGAUUAUUGUGGCUGCACGAUGUGUAUGAGCUGAAGAUCGGGGCAUGUGACUAG